AUGGACCGCACAACGCUACUGAUUCCAAGACGAUAUGAGACCCAGCGAGAAGAAGUACUGCGUCUAGAGUUAUCUACGCGAGAUGGUGGAGGUCAAGCUCCGGAGGAAGAUGAAAGGCCUAAGGUGGUUGUUGAUAUGCGUGAAUUUAACAGUGAGUUACCGACAGUAUUGUACAAGAAAGGGUAUGAUGUUGUCGCCGUUACGCUUGAGGUUGGUGACUAUGUGUUAUCGCCAGGCAUAGCAGUUGAGCGCAAAGCUCUUGACGAUUUGACGCAAUCAUUGCAAUCUGGACGUGUAUUCAAGCAGUCUGAGCAGAUGUUGCGACACUAUGCGAAUUCAGUACUUCUGAUAGAAUCAAAUCGAAAAUUUGAGUCGAAAAUCGUCAACGGUGGUCCAUUUCAGGGUGAAUUGACCCGUCACUGUCGCGAAAUUCGAGCACUACUCUGCUCUUUGCUACGAGCGACGCCAAAACUCAAAUUGAUAUGGUCCUUGUCGCCAGCAAACUCAGCUGAAUACUUUGCGGAACUGAAGGUAACAAUGUGGGAUCGUUUCGAGCUCACUACCAUUUAUUUUGAAAAUAUGAGGAUAUUUGAUUUGUUUAAGAGAAUUAGUUUGUAAGU